AAAAAAUAUAUAAAAUUAAUUUUAUUAGUGACUGAAAGCUUUAAUUUUCAAUGUUGCAACAAUGAAUUUAAACAAUGACGAACCAAAUUCUGAUGACGAGAUUUCAAAUAUUGAGAAAAUGCUUCUUACAGCCGAGAAUGUUGACGAUGAAGAUCAAGUGCAAGUAAAAUCUGUUCCAGAAAAGUCAAAAAGAGGAAAAUCGAUUCUGUUUAAGACUGAUGGAGCUGAUUCAUCAGAUGAUGAAGAGCAACGAGACUUUCAAAGUCAAAAAUAUAAUGAAUUUGGUCGUGACAUAAAUAAAAAAUUAAAGGAAAAAGAAGAAUUAAGGAAAUAUGAUUCGAUAAGAAUUGUUCCUGAUUUCGCCAGCUUAAAUUCAAAACCAUCAACGUCAAAUGCGGUUCCACAGACAUCUCAAUUACCUGUUAACAAUGACAAUAAGAAUAAACUUGAGAUUAUUAAAAGAUUUUCAGCUGAACCUUCCACGUUUUGCGAUCCUGUGUUUGGUUUAAGGAUAGUACAACCGCUGGUAUCGAGUGUUUUACUAAAAGAAAGGAUGGAAGGGAAGAUAGCAGUCACAGUACAAAGAGCUCGUUUUCAUACUGAACGAGGUGACUUGUCAAACGACUGGGCCAUUGCUGGCGUUUUAAUUAAUAAAUCUCCAGUUCGGCAAACACAAAAAGGCGAUUCAUUUUCAAUUUGGUCGAUUUCGGAUCUUCGUGGUGAAGUCAAAACAGUUUCUGUCUUCUUAUUUCGGUCGGCACAUAAAGAGCUUUGGAAGACAACGAUUGGAACAGUCAUCGGCAUUCUUAAUCCAAAAGUCAUGGAGAGAAAGGAUGAAAAAAUUGAAGCCGCGUUGUCAGUCGACAAUCAUCAGAAAAUUAUGAUUCUGGGACAUUCGAAGGAUUUCGGACAUUGCCGAGCUAAGAAGAAUAAUGGCGAACCGUGUGGUGCAAUAAUCAACAAAACUGACUGCGAUGUUUGCAUCUUUCACAUGAAGCGGGAGUACAGCAAAAUAAGAAGAUCUGAGUUUCAAUCCAGUGGUCUCGGAAGAGGUUUACAGGAUUUAAGAAACAAAGUGUUAGGAAAAAGUGAAGUUUUUUACGCAGGUCAAUCAUUUACUGCUCAAAAAGCUGCUAAAAAACCUGCAAAAAUGAUCAAGCAAGAUCGAGAACGUCUCAUGACUUUGUCAGAAUAUUUCACUUCUCCAUAUCGAGAAGGAGAAUCUUCAGCAUUAAGAACACCAUCGACAUCAAAUCAAAUUCAACAGCAAACUAAACGACCUGGUUCAGCAGCUUCUCUUGAAUUGAAAGUCUCACAAAGAAAGAAAGAUUUGGAACGUCUUAAGCUACUUCAAGGAACUGACAAACCACAAUUGACGCAUGUCGCCAAACUUCAGCAAUCAACUUCGAUUCCUGAUCCACCGAAGAAAGAUGACAGCUUUGUUCCAAAACUUUCCAAUGAUAGUUUAACGUUCAGUUUCAGUGUGCCAGUAAAGAAAAAUGAUUUAGCAAAGCAAAAAGCUGCUGCAAUUUUAAAAAAGAAACCGCUUGAACCAAGCAAUCCAAAUCUCAUUAAAUAUCGUGGAACAGACGCUGGUAAGAAGAGAUUAGCUGAUGAAUUGAUCCCUUCAUUGAAGUCAAAUGAAAACGGUGCGAAGAAAGCGAAGCUCGUUGACAGUGAAGAGACGCAAAGACGAAAAGAGUAUUUAUUGAAAAUGAUGAAUGCAAAAUCAAAUCAUGCGGAACUUGUAGAAGACAAAGAAACAGAGCGACGAGAUAAAUUCUUCGAUACAAUGGAAAAGAAGGAAGCAAUGGAAGAACGAAUGGCCAAUACAACGGAGAUGAAGUGUAAAGCGGUGAUUUGCAAACGUUGCAAAUACAUUUACUUCUCAGCAAGUGACAUGUGCAAGCAAGAGAAACACGAAUUGAAAGUUGUUGAUGCAAUGAAAAGAUUUUAUCAAUGUGGAGACUGCAAAAAUCGAACAGUUACGCUUUUCAAAAUACCUCGGGAUCCAUGCAAAAAUUGUCGAUCAUGCAAUUGGAAGCGAACUGGAAUGAUGAAAGAACGUGUCGCGUAUGUCGGUGAAGAGUUGAGUAUUCGAGGAGACGAAGAAAUGUUUAUCGGAAGUUCCAACAAAGCCAAUAUUAAUUUACUUGUUCCAGAAUCUUCUCAAUAAAUUAAAUAAAACAUUUUACUUAAUUGAACCAAC